AUGGAGAAUUUGGAGACUAAAUUGGUAUAUGGCGAGGGGGAGCGUGUGCAUGAUGCCUUAGAAGGCGGUAUGUUUGCAUUGGUUCUAGGCGCGAAUGUGAACGCAAAGACGAUGAAAUACGACGCGCUAAGACACUCAUCAGAGCGCGAACCAGUGGACCGUGAAGCGCAGGCUCCGGGACCUUUAAUCGAACUCGAAGCCUCCCUUUACCUAUCUCUAGUGACGCGUUUACCGAUGCCGUACAUGUAA